AUGGCAGCCCCAAAUAACUAUUAUUACGGCUACCUUCUAAUAAUUACCUGUGUUGUGUUGUUAACAGCUCAGGUUAGAGCAGGCGAUGAUGAUAAGGCCGCGGGUUCACUCCUAGGAGGAAAGAAGUUGAUAAUAGGUGUUCCCAAGAAACCAGCCAGCGGCUUCGUCCAAUUUGUGGAUUUACAACUCAAUUCAAGUAAUAAGAAUCAGGUCGUCAAGGCUACGGGCUUUUCCAUUGACGUCUUCGAAGCUGUAAUAGCUUACCUUAAGAGUUUGCAUUACAAUAUUUCUUUCGAGUUUAGAGCUUUUGUAGGCGCACAUGGAAACAGUGCUGGAAAUUACGACGCACUCGUCUAUCAGAUUUUUGAAGGAAAGUAUGAUGCUGUGGUGGGAGAUGUGGCGAUUGUGGCAAAUCGAUCAAAGUACGUAGAUUUUACAUUACCAUAUAGACCGGCUGAUAUGAGGAUGCUCGUGAAGAUUCGUCGUGAUCCACGGUUCAGAGGUGUCAUAGUCUUCAUGGAACGUCCAGUCGAUGAAGAUUCACCCUGCUGGAAACAACUCUGCAAGUUUGCUGUCCUGUGGCUUCCUGUAAUGCAGGCAGUUCUUCCUGAAAGAAAAUCAGUGGCCAAAGCAGGCUCUAGGUUUGUGUUGGUGUUAUGGCUGAUACUAGCAUUUGUGCUGAUGCAAAGUUACACAGCAUGCCUAUCAUCGAUUUUGACAGUACAUCAGUUACAACCUAGUUAUCCUGGCGAGAAUGACGUUAUAAAUGAUCCCAACAUUAACAUUGGAUAUCCUGGUGUCUCAUUCUUGAGGGGCUUAUUCGUCCAUCACUUGAAGAUUGAUAGUUCGAGGUUGAAGAAGUACUCCAGUAUUAACGAGUACAAGGAGGCUUUGGACAAAGGAAGCCGUAAAGGGGGUGUGGAUGCUAUUUUUAAUGAAAUUUCCUACCUUAAGAUCUUCCUCAGCCAAUAUGGUUAUUCUAAUUAUGCCUUGGUCCAAACCAGGCACCGCAAUGAUGGAUAUGGUUUUGCAUUCCCAAAAGGCUCCAACUUAACCUCGUGCUUUUCUAGAGCCAUACUAAAUGUGAGAGAGAGUGAAGAAAUGGACAGGAUUGAGCAGGAAUAUUUUGGAAGCAAUGAUAUCCGCAAGGAAGGCAAAGAAGACAUAACCAAUAAUGCAUCAGCAAACAAUGCAAGUCCUAGCCUUACCGCUUAUAGUUUUGCAGGUCUAUUCAUGAAUCUUCGAAGGCCAAGGAAACACAUAUACCAGUAG